AUGAGUCUAUUGGUUCUACCAUCCACCAAUCCUCUCAUGAAUCUGGCAGCUGGGAUUUUUGUCUACUUGGUUUUGACCAAUACCAUGGUCAUAUGCAACUUAGCUUUAGUUGUGGCAGUUAUUGAUAAUUGCACUGCAUACAAGGCUAUUAAGAAGGCUUGUGUACUAAGAAAGGGUAAAAAUUCGAUGGCUUUCUUGUUGGCUCUUCCGCUAAAUUUAGGUCUUGUUGCUAUUGAAGCCUUGUUCCGUUACCGGAUUGUAAGAUCUUAUCAUGAUCAUGUCUUUGGAAGGCUUAGGAUAUCUAUGGUCUUGGAAGGAUUGUUCAUUACUUAUUUGUUUUCCCUUCUAAUGGUCCUUGAAACAAUUACCAGUUACUUUUUUAUCAAGAGUUGUGAUUCAAAUUUUGGGAGAGAGCAAGCAGAAAUAUGCAUCCAAAUUAAGCUUGUCAAAGAUGAAACUCGAAUUUCUGAUGGUUCACAAGGACAAGAGGAUGAGUGA